UACAUGUAUAGUUUCUGUUUCUUUUUCGAAUUAUCAUGACUGAAUUUAUUCUUCUGAGUGGAAUUUAGAUGUAUUCAUAGCGUAGACAUGGAAGCUCAAAAUAUAUCCAGGAAGGAUAUGACCAGGAACGAAAGCACUAACAUCAGACUGCAAAUCUCAUACUUAAGACGAAGUGAAGAAGCUUCCAGCACACGAGGCAGAGUGCUAAGAACACGUUUUUUGGUCGGUUCAGGCACUUCUUGGAUGUGAUUGACCCCAGAACACUCUUCGUGACAGAGAAACGGCUGCAGGAGAGCUUCGAGCUGCUUGAACGUUUCAAACGAGGAACUCUGCCUCCAGGAGUGACAGAUGCUCAGGUAAAGCAAACUAAGGCUGAAAAAAACUCCUUUAGGAUAAGCUUUGGCAGGCCCAGAAAAUAAAGCAGGCCAUCAUCCACCCUGACACAGGGGAGAAGAUCCUCAUGCCCUUUCGGAUGUCAGGUUUUAUCCCGUUUGGCACACCAGUGGUUGUUGGUCUCCUUCUCCCAAAUCAAACACUGGUGUCAACUGUCUUCUGGCAGUGGUUAAACCAGAGUCACAAUGCCUGCGUUAACUACUCCAACCGCAACGCCUCCAAGCCCGCUCCGGUUUCCAAAUUUGUCCAGGGAUACCUCGGAGCGGUGACCAGUGCAGUGUCCAUUGCUGUUGGGCUGAAUGUUUUAAUCCAGAAAGCAAACCGCUUCAACCCAACCACCAGGCUUUUGGUGCAGAGGUUCAUCCCCUUCCCAGCAGUGGCGAGUGCAAAUGUCUGCAACGUGGUGCUCAUGAGACGCACCGAGCUUUCAGAGGGCAUCAGUGUGCUCGACGACAACGGGAACGUGGUGGGAACAUCGAAAGUGGCUGCCAGGCAUGCGCUUUUGGAGACAGCCCUGACCAGAGUGGUGCUGCCCAUGCCCAUCCUGGUGCUUCCUCCCAUGAUCAUGGCUGUACUGGAAAAGCUUCCUCUGCUGCAGAAGCAUCGCCGGCUCGUCCUUCCGGUCCACAGUCUGGUUUGUCUCGCUGCCUUCAGCUUGGCUCUGCCGCUCGCCAUCAGCCUUUUUCCACAGAUGUCACAGAUCGGCGUGGAUCAGCUGGAGCCGGAGAUCGCCAUGGCAACAGAUUGCAAGCUCGUGACGUACAAUAAAGGGCUGUGAGCGAUCCUGACCCGGACGCGUGAAGAUCCAACCCGCUGCUCGUCACGGUUCGAAGCUGCCAGAGAAGGGAUUGUGGUAAAUUUGGCCGCGGCAGUGAGUGAGGAGUGAACAUACGUUUACAUACGUGUUGUUAACGCACACGUCAUGGUUAAGAAAAAAAAAAAGCAGCAACAGUGAUCAAAAUGUACAUCACAGCACUUCUAAAGGUGUUGCAGUGUGGACAAAUACCAAAGAGAUGAUGCCAAGUAACUGAGGGAAUCAGCAGAGAGACGAUGACUUACAGACUUUUGUCUUUUCCUCCCUUUUUUGACAAUUAAGAUGCAAUUAAUUAGAGAUUUAUGUCAAUGAACAGGGGGUAUAAUAGAUGGUAGCUGAUUGUAGUUGUUGUCUAGAUUGUACAUGUGAAAUACUGUGAAUGAAACCAUCAUGCCUUUUUUAAUUCUUUAUAAAUGAAUGCAAGUAAUCCUGGCAUUUUUAGCUUUUGAGCUCUUAUUGUGAAAAUCCUUACAACCUAAAUCCAAAGGUUGCACAUUUUAAAUAUAAAAUAACAGAUUUUUUUAGAGGUCGUAUUGAAUACAACAACAGUAUUGCUUUAGAGAGGAGCAAAGAUGAGAGAAAAUCAGACAUUUUGUAGCUGAUUGUAGUUGUUUUCUAGACUUUACGUGUAAAAUACUGUGAAUGCAAUGAACUAACAUUUUUUGUAAAUGCAAGAACUCCCAACUCUUUUUGCAUUUGAGCCGUUAUUGUGAAACUAAAUCUCCCCUCAACCCAAGUCCAUAAGCUGCACAUUGACUUAUCUGUGAGCCGUUUAAUCAAAGAAAAAGUUGGAUUUUCCAGGUUUAAUGUGAUAAAACUGCACUAUUGCUUUAAAGAAAAGCAAAGAUGAGAAAAAAACAGACAUUUUGUAGCUAAUUGUAGUCGUUUUCUGCGCUCUGUGUAUAAAACACUGUGAUUUCAAAAUACAUUUUUUAUUGUUUAUAAUUUCGUGCAAGGGGCUGUCUAGAAGAACUCUUUUUCUGCAUUUGAGCCUUUAUUGUGAAACUAUACCUGCUCUCAACCCAAGUCGAAUAAGUUGCACAUUUCCAUUCUGUGACCAGUUCAAUCAAAAAAUAACAGAUUUUUUUUUUUCCCUAGGACAUAUGGGAUAAAACAACACCAUUUCUUUAGAGAGAAACAAAGACAUUUUGUGUGUCUGAAUUCUUAUUUUUCUCAGUGAAUUAUCCUCAUAAACCAAAAAUAGAAGUCCGAUGACUUCUACUGAAGCUUUUGGAACCAUUUAAUUGAUUUUAAAGCAUGUCUAAAUUCAAGCUGAAUAGAAAAAAAUGUUUGUUUACAAUGUAUUUUUGCUAGUUUUCAUAAGACAUACCGUUUAAUUCUGCUUUACUGCCUGUUGCACCGUUAGAAUUAUAAAAUCAAGCCUGAAAUUUUGAAUAGAUUAACAGAACGUCUGCCUUAAUUUUGUUAGCAUGACCUUGAAUAAGAAAAAAAAUUCCCUUUGAGUUUCUCUUUAUGUUAUAAAACUGUACGGUCUUAAUUUUACUAUAUGAUGUACCCUGAGAUGACUUUGUAAAAUAUCUGCUUUAAUGUCUUUCAGUUCACAUGUUUAAGUCAUGUCAAAUCCCAUUCAUUUGUUUUACUCUUUAACUGCAAUCAGAGUCUUUAAAUAGUCAAAAAUGCACAAAACAGAUGAAUUAUAUAAUAGAAAUCCAUUUUUAAGGAACAUUUUUAAGUCUGAACUUCAACUUUGUUUUAUUUUUUUUAUUGAUUAUCCUUAUUAAUGUUUGUUUUCUUUUUUAAAUUCUGUCUCUGCUGUCUCUGUGCGUGUGCUGUCCACUUGAUUUAUAUAAACCCUCUGCCUCAGAGCUUUA